AUGUCUGGAACUCAGUCGUGUAAACGUUGUCGUACUGAGAAUGCUGUUAUUGUAUCAAGGAAGGAACCAUUUUGUCCAGGAUGUUUCCGUAAGUUCAUAUCUUUGAAGCAACGGAAACAGAUGAUGUCAGAUCUGUACUUUCAAGAUAUCUUCAAAGUCAUGUACGAGGAUAAAGUGAAAAGUGCAGAAACGGCUGAAAGAAUGAAUGCGGAAUCGAGGAUUUUAGUGCCGCUUUCGUUCGGUUCAAGUUCUCUGGUAAUGCUGGAUGUUUUGAACGACACUAUAGAAGAACAGCUAAAGAUGCAUCGCGGCAAAACUGGGUUCAACAUUGACAUUGUUGUCUGCUAUCUUGGGAGCAGCGAAGAAAAGACCUAUAAAGAAAAGAUACGUGCUCUUCUGAGCACCAGAUUUCCGAAAACCAAAAAUCUUUACAAAGUUCAUGUUGUUGAUAUCGAGACCUUUUACAAUUCCUCCAAGCGCAUGAGAGUACAUUUGGAAGACACCAGUUACAUAGUCAGAAAGUUGGACGAGACUUCAGACGACACAGCCACUCAGCACACCUUCAACGAUCUUCUCGAUCGAUGCGUCAAUCGAUCAGCACGCGAGGAUCUGCUCAACGUUAUGAAAACAUCUGUGAUCAAACAAUUCGCAUUACAGGGUCAAUACAAGGCUAUAUUAUGGGGUCAUUCCAUGACCCGGCUGGCUGACGAGAUCAUGGCUUCAGUCGUGAAAGGUAGAGCCGCCCAAAUUGCUAACGCUUUGGAUAAUGAAAGUUUCGAUGCGGAAUACGACGAGGCUUUCAAAAACCUGCAUCCCAUGCGUGACGUGCUACUUUCAGAGAUCGACGCUUACUGUCACAUAUCAGAUCUUCUGCCUCAUGUUUAUCAAUACUGUCCUCAGCAGACACUUUUGACCGAAAAGAGCCCGCAAGGCGAACGCUUGAACCCAAAGCCGGUUAGAAAUAUGACCAUAAAUGAAUUGGCUCGUCAGUAUUUUGAUAACAUAGAGGGCAAUUAUUCUAACGUUAUAUCGACCGUGGUGAGGACUGGCGCUAAAUUAGAUAAUCCCCAGAAUACCCUGCCGAAAAUGAGCAGAUGCGAAAUCUGCUAUACCAGGCUUUACAGAAAUGGACCUGAGUGGCUACGGCACAUUACAGUAACCAGUAGUCAUCCUUUGGAAAGUGAGGAAGAUCAGAGUCUUUAUUCUACUUGGUCAACUUCUGAACACGGCAGAUCUAGAGACGAGUACCUCAGGCUGACCUCCGAGUUUAAAAAUAAUGGUGAGGAAGUAGCGGCUUGUUAUGGCUGUCUGCUAAUCCUAGGAGAAGUAAAGGACAAAAACAUGUCUUGGCCGAAAAGCAAACCAGACAAUCUAAAGGACGUGAUAGAUAGUUUUGUCAUUGACGAAGAUGACGAAUAG